AUGUCGGGUAAGGCUCCAAAAAGCAAUACUAUGGAUCAAUGUAUGGCUAUUCAAGGUGCAAUCAGGACAGUUUUUCCAAAUUCUCAUCACCGACUAUGUCUUUUGGCACAUUAUGAAGAAGAUCCCGAGAAGCUUGGAGGAUUAACCCAUUACAAGGCAAUAAAGAAGAUUUUGAAGAGUAUUGUUUAUGAGGCAAUAGAUAUUCAAGAAUUUGAAAAUAUUUGGUUGAAGAUGAUAGAAGAUUACAAUAUCGGGAAAAAUGAAUGGCUGAAUUUGUUAUAUACAAAUCGUCAUCGUUGGGCUCCUGUAUAUGUUAAAGGUGUUUUUUGGGCUGGAAUGUCUACCACCCAAAGAAGUGAAAGCAUAAAUGCUUUCUUUGAUGGUUAUGUUGGACCAACAACAUCCUUAAAGCAAUUUGUGGAGCAGUAUGACAAUGCAUUAAAAAGUAAGAUUGAGAAAGAAAACAAAGCUGACUUUGCUACUUUCAACUCAAGCUUUCAAGUGCUAACUGAUUGUUUCUUUGAGAAGCAACUACAAGAAGCCUAUACCAAUGAAAUUUUUAAGCUAUUCCAAGAUGAGUUGAGAGGAAUGCUAUAUUGCAAUCUUACAUUUAUUAGAUCAGACGGGGCAAGAAAUAUAUUUCAAGUGACAGACAUUUUAAAAGGAAAAGAUGGAAGAGUCAGACUGCAAGUGGGUUUUACUGUUUAUCAAAAUGAGCUUGAGUUUGAUAUUAAAUGCACAUGUCGUUUGUUUGAGUUCAAAGGAAUUGUUUGUAGGCAUAUAUGCAAAGUUUUUAUUGAAAGGAAUGUCAAAGAGAUUCCAUCUCAAUAUAUUUUAUCCCGUUGGAGAAAGGAUAUUAAACGCCGGCAUACUUAUGUGAAGAAUUGUUAUGAAGAUUCACAAAUUAGUGAGCAAAAAGUGCGGUAUAAUAAAUUGUGCUCGCAUUUUUCUAAGGCUGCUGAAAUUGGAGUAGAAUCCAUUGAAAAAUAUAGUUUCUUGAUGAAGUGUGUGGAUGAUGCAAUAGAGAAGCUCAUGGAUAAUGCAAAUUAUUUGGAGAGUCACUCUAACCAAGUUAUGCCACCAAUGUUGUUGGAAAAGGAUCAUGAUCACCACCAAACAACAUCUUCAAAGUUCCUAACUCCUUUAAAAGGAAAUAACAAUGGCAAUUGUGUGAGGAUGUUCUAG